AUGGCCAAGGAUCCGAACUUCAGGACGCAGCAGGAGAAGAUAGAUGCCAUGACCAUGGAAAUCAAGGUGCCGGUGUUGGGCAGUGGUUACAUCCAGCUGCCGCCUCAGAAGCGCUUUGAGAAGCCCCUGGUCAUGCAGCCGCCCACCGUGGCGGUGAGGUUCCGUGCGCCGCCGCCCCGCCGCGUCUAG